AUGUCACAGGGAGACGUGACGGGCGCCCAGUCCAUCUCUGAACAGGAGCAGGUCAGGGCCUCCGAGGCUGAUAAGAAGCCCAAGUCCCGACGACCCGCCAGUGCGUCCCCCUACAAAAUCUCUCCAGGCCUCUUUUUCCCCGCUAACUUGCCAUUAAUGCUCAGAUACCGCUUUCCGUCAGCAGCGCCUGAAAGCCUGGCAAUGCCUCAUUCCCCCCUCUUCCCGCCUUUUGCGCCUAAAAUAACCAACACCUCCAAUAGACCAAUUUUGACCCCUAAAAGUGUUCUCCCUCUCUUCUUUAUUGUGGGAAUCAUCUUUGCCCCUCUAGGUGGUGUCCUUAUCUGGGCAAGCUCGUUGGUCCAAGAAAUUAGCAUCGACUAUAGCGACUGUGUCAUCUCAGCCCCAACUGACUCGGAGGAAUAUAUUGCCGACAAAGUUUCCACAACAUUCAAAGCACAGUCGAGCCAAACCCCUUCAUGGAAGAAAACGUGGAAUGCGACAGCGAACACAUAUGUUUGCCAUCUCUACUUCGAAAUCCCGGAAUCAAUGGGACCUCCCGUCUUCAUGUACUACCGUCUUACGAAUUUCUACCAAAACCACCGUCGAUACGUGCAGUCUAUGGAUAUGGACCAAUUGAAGGGUAUCGCAGUUCCAAGCCACACGAUUCACACCGGCAACUGUGACCCCCUUACCACUGAUCCUGUUUCCAAGAAGCCGUACUAUCCCUGUGGCCUGGUCGCAAACUCCCGGUUCAAUGACUCUAUCCAAAGCCCUAUCCUUCUAGCUAACGAACCGACUACCUAUCAAAUGACCAAGAAAGGAAUUGCAUGGGAGAGUGACAAGGCGUUGAUCAAGAAGACCAAUUACCUGGCAUCGGAUGUCAUUCCUCCUCCAAAUUGGUCGAGCUAUAACGGCUCGUACACUAAUGAGACUAUACCGAAUCUUACCGAUGAUGAGGAUUUCAUGGUUUGGAUGAGAACCGCUGGUCUGCCAUUCUUCAGCAAGCUCGCUCUCAGGAAUGAUGAUUCUUCCAUGCAGAAGGGGUCUUACCAAUUGGAUAUCAUUGAUCAAUUCAAUGUUACCGAGUACGACGGGACAAAGUCCAUUUUGCUCUCCACCCGGACAGUGCUUGGUGGAAAAAAUCCAUUCAUGGGAAUCGCGUACGUGGUUGUCGGUGGAGUAUGUGUGCUAUUGGGAGCUCUGUUCACCGUCGCUCAUCUAGUCCGGCCGAGAAAAUUGGGUGACCACACUUAUCUGACCUGGGAUUCCACUAACCAACCUAGUACGGCUAUGGCUACAGGGCGGGAUGACAGAAUGCGAUCCAGUGCCUAG